AUGUCGAGCUCAAACAGCUGGCUGCGGGCGCAACGCAAGAGCGACCUCGUUGAUGUUGCCGAUGGCGUCGGCCUCACAAACUAUGAGGGCCUGAAGAAGGCCGAGCUCGAGAUUGCCCUCGAACAGUACCUCAGCCAGAACAGCUCCAGCUUCUCCGACGACCCUCGCAAGGAGCCCGUCUCCGAGGAGGCCGACCGCCCCAUCAAGGUGCCCAAGCGUCGCGUCACCAAGGCUCCCGAGGAGUUCUCUCCCGACAGCAACGAAGAGUCUCGCGCCCUCGCCGUCGACCGCUCCACCGUCGCCGUGCGCAAGCGCGUCGCGUCCAUCUACCAAGACUCGGGCGUCAACGAGGCCGCGCACGCCACGCGCGAGUCCCUCUCCACCGUCACCUCGGUCCUCUUCACCGUCGCCGCCUUUGAGCUGUUUUUCCUACGCCGCGAGGUCCUCGCCGACCGCUACGCCUUCACCAUCCCCGCCAUCGCGCCCCUCGGCACCAACGACUACCCCGUCCACAUUCCCGACAUGUUCCUCCUGCUCACCUCGUCCUUUUGGUCGCCUACCCUGCUCUGGCUCGCUACCAGCCUCGUCGUCCCCGCCACCUUUGGCUACUUUUACAACUUGUCCGUCGCGAACCAGCCGGCCCCCGGCCGCGGUCGUCGUGCCCCCACGUCCGAGUACACUGUCGAUCCUCUCACUUUUAGCAUUGUCAAGGCCCUCGUCUCGUACGUCGUGUACGCGCAGGGCGUCACCUUGGGCGGCCUCGUUGACACGACGAGCAUUGACAGGAUCAACAGCGCCGUGUACGGCGGCUGGAAGGGCGUCCUUGUCGGCAGUGCCGUAACGGGGCUCGUCAGCCUGUAUGACGCGAUCCUCAGGAAAUAG